AUACAUUUCAAAGUUUUUCAUUAUUUUUUUUUUAGACUUGUUCCCACUCACUCAUUAAUCCAUCUUUCUACAUCCGCCCACUUGCACUUUUGUUUUCCAUUCAACACAGUUUAUGUAUCCCUUUGUUGCUACCACGCACAAUUAGAUUAUUUAAAACUAAAGCAUGGCCCAGAAAUAUAGUGUAGAUUCUCUGUAUAUCAUGAUUUGUAUUGAAAUGUCUCUGUCCUGCAAAUUGCAGAUCGGUAAUGGAGAGAAGCUUAUAAACGUAGUCUUACUAAAUGGAGAGAGACUUAACGUCCGGGUCCCGACCGGGGCUACUGGACAAGACUUGUACAAUACGAUUUCAGAGCAUCUCGGCCUUGCGGAAACGAUCUUUUUUGGUCUUAUGAUAAUAAAAGAUGGCGAACAUGAAUUCUUAGACCUCAACGAUAAAUUGUCCAAAUUAGCAAAAUAUGCGCCACAUCUUUGGAAAGAUGACGUAUCUUGUAAUUCCUCGCUGGUUUUCACAAUCUUCUUCCGUGUCAAAUACUACGUAGAAAAUAUUUGUUUAUUGCAGCAACAGGGUACCCGGUAUUUCUACUUCCCGGGCUUCU